AUGUAAUAAUAAUCUAUUCACUAAUAAAAAAUAGUCGAAUUUACUAAUCAAGGUGAAUAUGUUUAAUUAGAAGAUUAUAUACGAGUAAAUUAAACAGCAUAAAUGAAUUUUUCAUAAGCCUUAGUUGAAUGCAUCUAUUAUACUAGAGAUAGUGAAGAACACUUAUAAUGCAUUUAAUAAAUUUUAAAAUAAUAAAUUGAUUUCAAUUAUAAGGAUAAUCAAGGAAACACUGCUUUGAUCUAGGCAGCAAAAAGCGGCAAAAUUAGCAUAUUAAAUGAAAUUAUAAAAUACAAAGAAAAGUUUGAGAAAAAAUAAUUUAAACUAGCACUUGAUAUCGCGAUUUAAUCAGAAUAAGAUAAUUGGGAUAUUGUGGAAACAUUGCUUCAACUCACCUCCCUUGAAAAGCCUUAACACUUAAUCAAAUCACUGCGUAAAGGCAAUUUUAAAACGGCACAAAAGAUAAUUGAAUAGUAUGGGGCUUCUGGACAGGAUGAAAAUGGAGACACAGCGUUACAUGUAGCAUCUAGAUUGGGCAAUUUAUAAAUUAUAAAAAGUAUUUGUCAAAAAGAAAAUCUCUAUAAAAAAAAAAAUUAACAACAUCAAACACCAUUAGAUGUUGCUUACAAUCAAGAAACAAGAAACUAACUUAUUGAAGAAGAAAUUCAAUUUCAAAAAUCCCCAAAUAGAAAAAGAAAGUAAGAAGAAUUAGUUGAAAAUAAUUAAAAUUCGCAGAAGUCAUCCAAAUAUGAGGAUUGUUGUGAAAUUUUUCAUAAACCACCCAAAGUAUUCAAUGAUCAAGCAAUCCAAACAGAAAACAAAGAAAAGAAGGACUCGGAAUCAUAAAUUCCAGAGCAUAAUUAUAUAAAUCAACCAUUUUAUGAUUAAUUGAUCUCUGAAACCAUCGUUACUUUACCUUAACACAGAACUACCUUAGAUGACAUUGUUAAGUAAUUAUCUUUUGAAAUCAAUACCUUCUCUCAAGAGCUGAAUAAAUUAUUGGAAGAAUAAAGGCCAAUUAUUGACAAAAUUGUGUAGAUGGUUGAUGAAAUUGUUCAAACUGUAUCUUCUAAAUCUCGUGCCUUUUUAUACGGUUCUUGCUAUACGGGGUUAAAUUUACUUGACUCUGAUAUUGAUAUUGUAAUAGAAACAAAUGAAUAAGAAAGGAUCUCUUUGUAUAAAAUUGCUGAAUAAUUCAAAAUACAAGGCUUUAUUAAGGAUGUCAAAGUAAUUGAUAAUGCAAGGAAGCCUGUUUUGAAAAUGUAGUGUUCAUAAGAAUUUUAAAAUAAAUUGAUUGAUAUCACAAUAAGUAAAAACGAUCAUUCUGGCAGAAAGACUGCCAAUUCAAUGAUAGAAUUUUAAAAAGAAUUUAAAUAGUUUAAAAGUCUUGCUUUAAUACUGAAGUUUUACUUUAAAUCUAUUAAUCUUUUAAAUGCAUACUAAGGUGGUUUGAAUAGCUAUUGCAUUCUGACUAUGAUUUUAGCCUUACUAUAAAUUAAACGUGUACGUGAUACUGAUAAUGAAGAGAUUGGUAAGACCUUUUUAGACUUUUUCGAUCUUUAUAGUUAAGAUAUCGAUUAUUUUAAUAAAAUUAUCAAUAUUGUUCCAUCCCAAUCAGAGAAUAUGUAAGUUGACGAACCUAACAUUUACUAAUAAUAAUUUCCUUAAUUUGAUUAAGGAUAAUAAGAAUUAGUUAUUCUGGAUUUGCAUAAUAAAGGCAAUAAUAUUGCUAGUAGUACCUUCAAAAUCAAGCACAUAAAAAAUGCUUUGUCUCUUGGGUAUAGUGCUAUUUUGAAUUCUCAAAAAUGUGAAGAGCCAUGCUUUUUCUCAAGAUACAAUAAGCCUGUUUGUUGUAUUCUAAAAUAAAUUAUUUAACAAUCAAAGAACCAUCACUUAACAGGAGUAUUUAAAUCAAAAUAGCCAUUUUAUUUCUUUAAUUAUAAUAAUACUUAUUGA